CAAAGAGCAACAUGGACUCAAAGACAUGGCUCACACCAGCUUUGGAAAUUCUAAUCUUCUGGACUUUCUUACUACUCUCUAAAGAUCACAGCAGCAGAGCAGCGGUAUUGACCAGCUACAUUGGUCAUAAUACAUCUGUGGGCAAACAGGUCACUCUACAGUGUAACUCUACACAUCUUCAGAAAAUAAAACAAAUAACUUGGCGGAAAGAUGUUUUUCGAAACAGUACACCACUUGUAAACUGCCGCUCAAGCUGCAGUUACGGAGCCAACGUGACAGAAAGAAUAAGAGCGGACCCUGCAGAUCCAGCGAAGCUUCAGAUUAGCGAUGUGCAGCUCUCCGAUGAGGGGGACUAUACUUGUGAAGUAAUAUCAUCUCAGGGCAACUUCAAAACAAUAUGGCAUCUUGAUGUAGAACAAGAAAACAAUGGCCUGGCAAUGGAUAGUGCACAUCAACAUCAUAUUGUUCUGUAUACAUCCCUGGCUGCAAUAGCAAUGUUUUCUGUAUCUUUGGUCAUCUUCUGUACAAGGAAACAAAUGUGUGUAUCAUAUCCAAGUGAUGAAAGGCAUAAGGAGAACGACUGCAGCAGUAACACAAGACAAGAGACCAGCAGUUUUAUUGAAAGAACCAACUCUUUAUAUGAAGGAAUAAUACCGGCUAAAGAAUGUCACAUCUCAGGUGCUUCAAAUGCAUGAAGUGAAGAACAGUUAUUGGGAAAACUCUCUUGUUUCUGCACAGGCAGCUAAGAUCUUCAACCUGGUGAGAAUGGGAUUCGAAGCAUACAGUACUUGCAUGACUCACACAGCAGUGUUUUUACAAAGUAACUGCAGACCCCAGAGUCAAUUUCCUGAAGUCAAGUCUCUAUACAAUAUAGAAUAUUAGUUGUGUUUUUUUAUUGAAGUUGUUACUUUUAUCACAAGG